AUGAUCAUGUCGCGAAGGCGCAGUUUUAGCUCUCUUCUCUUUGUUCUUUCACUUUUCUACUUGGUCUGUACAGUUUAUGCUUCUCCUUCUCUUCAUCCAGAUGAAGUGGAAGCGCUUAAGGAUAUCGCAACGACACUUGGUGUUAAGCACCUGAAUCUAAGUGAAGAUCCAUGUCUCACAAAGACUCUGGUGAUAACUCAAGAUGUCCUCAAGGAAGGACAAAACAGCACAAUCAGAUGUGACUGUGGUUUCAACAACAACAACACUUGUCAUAUCACACACUUUAUCCUUAAGACAUUCAGUCUUCCAGGUAGACUUCCACCAGAAUUUUCCAAACUUCGUGACUUAUGCCGUAACUACCUUUCUGGCUCAAUUCCAAUGAAAUGGGCCUCACUGCCUAACCUAAAAUCUAUCUCUGUUUGCGGAAACCGCUUAUCAGGAGACAUUCCUAAAGGAUUGGGGAAGUUUAUUAACCUCACCCUUUUAGGUCUUGAAGCCAAUCAAUUCUCUGGAACUAUCCCUAAGGAACUAGGGAACCUGAUCAACCUUGAUGGAUUCCGUUUCAGCGAUAAUCUUCUUAAUGGAUCAAUCCCUGAGUUUAUUGGGAACUUAACAAAACUCCAAAGAUUAGAGCUCUACGCGAGUGGCCUAACCAAACCUAUUCCAGACUCCAUUUUUCGUCUAGAGAAUUUGAUCGACCUGAGGAUCAGUGACACAACUGCUGGAUUGGGACAAUUUCCUCAUAUCACUAGCCAGAACCUGAAAUUUCUGGUUCUCAGGAACAUGAACUUAACAGGACCAAUCCCAACCACUAUAUGGGAUCUUCCCAAUCUCAUGACUCUAGAUCUUUCCUUUAAUAGACUGACAGGAGAAAUACCAGCAGAUGCAUCAGCACCAAAAUAUACAUAUUUGGCUGGAAAUAUGUUGUCAGGAAAAGUUGAAUCAGGACCUUUCCUUACUGCAAGCACCAAUAUUGAUCUUUCUUAUAACAACUUCACAUGGUCUCCAAGCUGCAGAGAGAGGAAGUGUGUUCCUGGUAUCCUAAAGAUUCAGUUCUCAGAUGAGGAACCAUACAGCAGACUAGCAAGAAGGGUUUUUAACAUCUAUGUUCAGGAAAAGUUGGUUUGUGAGGACUUCAGCAUCAGAGAUGAGGCUAAUGGAAGUUACAAGGAAGUUAUAAGAGAAGUGAACACGACUGUGACUGAUAACACUUUAGAGAUAAGGUUGUACUGGGCGGGGAAAGGCACUACGAUCAUUCCAAAAAGAGGCAACUAUGGCUCUCUUAUCUCUGCAAUAUCAGUUUGUCCUAGUUCUGAAUCUGAAUGUGGCGUUCCAGUGAAGAUUCUUCCAGUCACAAAAGAACACAAACCAAGAACAUAUCCUCUCAUUCUCGGCAUUACAGCCUUAGUAAUAUCUCUUGCUUUCUUUAUAUUUGGCGUAUUCUACUGGAAGAAAUACGUUAGCAAUGCAGAUUCAGGAAAAAGAGGUUCCUUCAGUUUGAAACAACUAAAAGUUGCGACAGACGAUUUUGAUCCCUUAAACAAGAUUGGAGAAGGGGGCUUUGGAUCUGUUUAUAAGGGACGAUUACCAGAUGGAACAUUGAUUGCAGUAAAGAAGCUAUCUUCAAAAUCAUGUCAAGGUAACAAAGAGUUUGUGAACGAGAUCGGUAUGAUCGCUUGCCUUGAGCACCCGAAUCUUGUAAAGCUUUAUGGAUGCUGUUGUGAGAAUAAUCAGCUUCUUCUUGUCUAUGAGUACUUGGAGAACAAUUGUCUUGCCGAUGCUUUAUUUGGAAGAAGUGCUCUGAAACUAGAAUGGGGAACAAGACAUAGAAUAUGUUUAGGAAUAGCGAGAGGGCUUGCUUUUCUCCAUGAAGACUCUGCUGUCAAGAUCAUUCACAGAGACAUCAAAGGGACUAAUGUGCAGCUAGACAAGGAUCUGAACUCAAAGAUCUCUGAUUUCGGGUUGGCUAGGCUCCAUGAAGACGAGAAGAGCCACAUUACCACUAGAGUUGCAGGAACAAUAGGAUAUAUGGCUCCUGAAUAUGCAAUGAGGGGUCACCUAACGGAAAAGGCAGAUGUUUACAGCUUCGGUGUGGUUGCAAUGGAGAUUGUUAGUGGGAAGACUAAUUACACGCCAGAUAACGAAUGUUGCGUUGGACUUCUUGAUUGGAUUCUGGAUCCGAAGCUGGAAGGAGUGUUUGACGUGAUGGAGGCAGAGAGAAUGAUAAAGGUUUCACUUUUAUGCUCCAGCAAGUCUCCGACAUUAAGGCCAACCAUGUCGGAAGUUGUGAAGAUGCUUCAAGGGGAGAGUGAGAUGGAACAGAUAAUCUCAGACCCUGGAGUGUAUGGUGAUGACUUGCGCUUCAAGCCAUCUUCUUUGUCUUCUGAUUAUAUCGUGUCGAUCACGUCGUCCUCUGAAUCUGCUUAUGAUCUGUAG